AUGUCAGCGUCAGCCCCUCCGCCCUACGAGGAAACAGCUGGGGCACCGGCCCCGCCAGAUAUCGACCCUGUGGCUUCGUUCGCAGACCUCAAGAUUGACUCCCAACCUCAUGACCCGGACCCAGAUACUUGCCUAGCCCACCUCAAGCUUCUCUUUGCCUUCCAAGCCCUGAAAGAAGAUGUGGGGUACACCGAUGGGCUAUUUGGCAUCUGGGACAGCCGCGCAGAUGGAGCCAUCACCGUAGCUGAGAAUGGCGAGAUCGAGGAACACGUCCGUGCUGAUGGCGAUGUUCCCGAUGAUGAAGAGAAGCGAAAGGCACUUAGCAAGAUCCGGGAGAAGCGUUGGGCCCUAUUUGUUGCAAGGGCAGUGGAUCGCUACGAAGCGUGGUGGAACAGUUUGACUGGUGGGCGACCACUAGUUGAGAAGGAUAUGGAAGAGUCCCGGACGACAGCAUAUGAAGCUUUUGCUCUUAGAAAAGAGCACAGUUACUGGAGUAAGGAAGCACUUCCUCCGCUAGACGUCUUGAUGGUCUUCCACGCUCAUCUCCUCAACCCAACCGAUUUUCUCGAAGAUUGCAUUCGAAAAGGAUAUCGUCGGUUCUGGCAAAGUGGCCUCCCAUGGAACCGAGUCAAUGCUGCAAUCGAUCAAUCCUUUAACUACACCGUUCCCAAUAGCCACAAGGCUAGAUGGGUUGCCAAGACUGGCCGCCAGUGGGAGAACGUCGACGACUCCCUUGUCAAGUCUCUGAGCUGUCCUGUCUGCACAACAAACCUCGAGAUUCCUUGGACGACUUGCGGCCUUGAAGAGAACCCAAAGACUCUGGAGCGACCAGGUCUGAUCGGAUCCGGGUACGGAGACGGUAAACUAGAGUUUCGAUGUUCCAAAUGUGCCACUCUCAUCAACAAGGAACUACUCAGUGUUGCCAAGUUUUGCAACGACUCCAAGAACCUUCUCGUCAAGCACUGUCCCAUGCCUGGAACCAUCCUCAAGACCUCCAGUGGCGUGCCAGAACGAUGGACCCGAACCGCGCAGCAGCGGUGGGACCAUCGGACCUUUCCGAACCGCAUGAUUCAGCUCAUAUUGAGCGUCAAGAUCCACGAUCUCUUAAACCAGGCUAACCCAGACCAACAGCCUACCAUGGAGACUGUGCGGAAAAUGAUACAAGAUGAGGUAUUGAUGAAGCAAAGCUCUCUCCGCACGAUACAUGAAUCAUCUGGGGCUUUUGUUGCAAGACGGAGACUGGGUGUGCCUUCUAUUUCACGCAUGUGCAUCCGCAAGAUGAUGUCUCGAUACUGGGAGAACUUCAGCCCCUUUGCCUUGGAUCUCUGCGGAGCCAUCAUGAGACAGGGCAUCUUUUCUGAAAAGAUGUGCAAGAUUGAUUGGUUGCACUCACCCACUGCUCGGGAGACGAUGGCGAGGUUUUGUACCAAAUACGAGCGGUUCAUGAGCAUCAUGGCCAAGAACGCGUCAAAAGUCGCCGUUCCAACUCUCGACAUUGACCUUCCUUGGCACACACACCAACUCACGCCUUUCUCUUACUACCAGUACACCACUCGCGUCGCGGCUCGUUACAUCCGACACGACGACAAGAUCGAAGAGGGGAAGUUGAGUGAAGCAUUUGAAUGGACAAGCAAAGAGUACCAAGAGACAUAUGGUGAGGUGUACUCUGAAUGUACUUGCUGGUACUGCGAGUCUGUGAGGACGUCGCAUGUAUCUUCGGUGGGAAAGGUUCUCGGGCUCUCCAAGAACGAAAAGGUCGCAGAAAACUUCCAUCAAUCUGGCGCUGCGAGCCUCUGUCCUCCAGACAACUCGGCCCAUAUCUCCUCACAUAAUGCCGUGAGGGCCCCCGGCGACAUUCUCUUGGCUACAAAUCAUGCAGAACGAGUCAAGAAUCAUCUUCAACAACUGCAUCAACGUCGGCUAGAAGAGAACUACCAGAAGGCAUGUAGACGGGCCGAGAAGAAGGGCCGUAAGCUGCCUCCCAAGGAACAGUACUAUGACCACUGGGGGUACAGCUAUUACAUGUACGGACCGUGGAUGUAUCCUGUUUACUUUACGCCCGGGAUGUACUAUGCCUGGGACCCUGGGUACUCGUCUGGAGCAGGAGGGGCUGGAGGUGUAGAUGGCGGUACCUGGGCACAAUGCGCCGCUGGCAGCUGUGGGGGAUCUGUAGCCGCUGGAGGAUGCAGUGCUGGUGGUGGAGGAUGUGGUGGUGGUGGUGGCUGCGGAGGUGGAGGCGGCGGUGGCGGCGGAGGAGGAGGAUGCGGUGGAGGUGGAGGUGGUGGAGGUUGUGGAGGAGGGGGAGGAGGCUGUUAA